AUGUCGCAGCGCAGGACUGAACCGACAGUGUCGCAACGCAGGAUGGAACCGUCAGUGUCAGAGCGCAGGACGGAACCGUCAGUGUCGCAGCGCAGGACUGAACCAUCAGGGUCGGAGCGCAGGACAGAACCAUCAGGGUCACAGCGCAGGACUGAACCGCCAGUGCCGCAGCGCAGGACUGGACAGUCAGUGUCGGACCACGUGACAGAACCAUCAGUGUCGCAGCGCAGGACGGAAUCGUCAGCAUCUGAGCACAGGAUAGAAUCGUCAUUAUCUGAGUGCAGGACGGAUCCAUCAGUGCCGCAGCGCAGGACGGAACCGCCUGAACCAUCAGUGUUGGAGCGUAGGACAGAACCGUCAGUGUCGGAGCGCAGGACUGGACAGUCAGUGUCGCAGCACGUGACUGAACCGUCAGUGUCGCAGCGCAGGACGGAACCAUCAUUCUCUGAGCGCAGGACGGAAUCGUCAUCAUCUGAGCGCAGGACGGAAUCAUCAGUAUCGGAGCGCAGGACGGAAUUAUCAGUGUCGCAGCGCAGGACAGAACCGUCAGUAUUGGAGCGCAGGACUGAACCGUCAGCGUCGCAGCAAAGGACUGAACCGUCAGUGUCGCAGUGCAGGACUGAACUGUCAAUAUCUGAGCGUAGGACAGAACCGUUAGUGUCUGAGCGCCGGACGGAACUGUCAGUGCCACAGUGCAGAACGGAACCAUCAGUAUCUGAGCACAGGACUGAACCGUCUGCAUUGCAGCGCAGGACGGAACCGUCAGUGUCGCAGCGCAGGAGUGGACCGUUAGUAUCAGAGCGCAGGAUGGAACCAUCAGUAUUGAAGCGCAGGACUGAACCGACAGUAUCUGAGCACAGGACAGAACCGUCAGUAUGUGAGCGCAGGACGGAACUGUCAUUUUCGGAGCACAGGACGGAACCGUCAGUGUCUCAGCGAGGACGGAACCGUCACAGUCACAGCGCAGGACGGAACCGUCAAUAUCAGAGUGCAGAACUGAACUGUCAGUGUCGCAGCGCAGGAUUGAACCGUCAGUGUCGCAGUGGUGGACUGAAUUGUCAGUGUCGCAGCGCAGGACAGAACAGUCAGGACCAGAGCGCAGGUCGGAACCGUCAGUGCCGCAGCGCAGAAUGGAACCAUCAGUUUCUGAGCUCAGGACGGAACCCUGUGUCGCUGCGCAGGCCUGAACCGUCAGUGUUGGAGCGCAGGACUGGACAGUCAGUGUUGCAGCGCAGGACGGAACCGUCAGAAUCUGAGCACAGGACAGAACCAUCAUUAUCUGAGUGCAGGACGGAACCGUCAUUAUCUGAGCGCAGGACGGAAUCAUCAGUGUCGCAGUGCAGAAUGGAACAGUCAGGAUCGCAACGCGUGACGGAACCGAUAGUAUCUGAGAACAGGACAGAACCAUCAUUAUCGGAGGGCAGGACGGAACCGUCAGUGCCGCAGCGAAGGACGGAAUCAUCUGUGUCGCAGCGCAGGCCUGAACCGCCAGUAUCUGAGCGCACGACCGAACCGUCAGUCUCAGAGCGCAGGACUGAACCGACGGAACCAUCAGUGUCGCAGCACAGGACAGAACCGUCAGUGUUGGAGUGCAGGACGGAAUCGUCAGUGUCGCAGCACAGGCCUGAACAGUCAGUGUCGCAGCACAGAACUGAACUGUCAGUAUCGGAGCGCAGGACGGAAUCGUCAGUGUCGCAGCGCAGGACGGAACCAUUAGCAUUGCAACGCAGGCCUGAACCGUCAGUAUCGGAGCGCAGGACUGAACCGUCAGUAUCGGAGCACAGGACUGAACCGUCAGUGGUGCAGCGCAGGACUGAACCGUCAGGAUCUGAGCGUAGGACGGAACUGUCAGUGUCGCUGCGCAGGCCUGAACCAUCAGUGUUGGAGCGUAGGACAGAACCGUCAGUGUCGGUGCGCAGGACUGGACAGUGUCGCAGCACGUGA